GGAAACUGUAAACUAUUUUUUUACAAUUGGAUUUUCUAAUGUUGGUUUCUCUUUUUAUUAGAAAUGGAAAUCUCAAGAAAUAACAAACAGAGGACCAUGGAAGAUGUAUUUAAUAAAUUGCCAACGGAUGUUUUAAAUUGCAUCCUAGAUCAUUUGCCUGUUCGAGAUGCAGCAAGAACAAGUAUUUUGUCUAGAAAAUGGAGAUACAUAUGGGCUGGUCACCCGAAUCUUGUACUCAAUCCCAAGAAUAUAGUCACUAGCUCCAAGAAUGAUUUUGUUGGCAUAGUCAAUGACAUUCUCUUACAGCACACCGGACCAAUUCUAACUUUUGGUGUCGAUAUUUCACUUGUGGACAUGACUCGGUACCCAAAUAUUGAUCUAUGGAUACUAUACCUGUCAAGAAAUGGAUUGAGGGACCUCACAGUGGAGAAUUCCAGUCCUGAUCUCUAUGCACUUCCCUCUUAUGUAUUCUUGUGUCAAGAACUUACGGUUCUGGAUCUGUCUAACUGUAUCUUCAAACAACCAUGUGGUACUAUAAGAAGCUUUCAAAAUCUUAAGCAGCUGUAUUUGACUCAAGUUGCUUUCAAGCCAGAGGUUUCUGCUUCUAUUUUUACUGCCUCAAAGCUAUGGUAUUUGGGCUUAACUAAGUGCACCGGUAUAGAUCACUUGAACUUUGAAGUUGAAUCUCUUCACCGUAAUGAAAGGAUCAAUUUAACAAGCCUUUUUGAGCACUGGACUCAAAUUUCAAAGCUUACUUUGGAUGGACACCAUCUCAAGCUUUUGGCUGCAGGUUCGGUUACGAGUGCUCUUCCAGUUAAAGUUAAUAGCUUAAGGGAACUUAUAUUGUUUGGAAUUAACUUUACCGAUCUGGAACAAAUCUCUUGCAUUCUUUGCUUGCUUCAUAGCUCUCCUGGGGUGCAUAGCCCUCAAAUUUGGGCGGCAAAGAUCCCUUCAGUGACUGCAAGCGACAACCUUGCUUUACAGUAUUUGCAAGAACAUAGCGGUAUGAGCGAAGAUAUUAACAGUUUGCAGACAUUGAUGAUCAAAUUUUUCCAGGGGUCAAGAGUUGAAAUUCUUUUUGUGAAGCUUAUACUUUCAUGCUGCUCAUCACUAGAAAGGAUCACUUUUGUGGAUAAUAAAGUAUUGCCCUCGGAGGUCUCAAAUAUUUUGAAAGAGUUGUUGUUGUUCCCUCGAGCUUCAAGGAAAGCGCAAAUUGUGUUCUGAACCUGUGACUAAAAUCUGGUUAAUGUUUUUGGUUUCUCAAUUUGAAAUGUAGUCUCAAUGAGCUGUUGAGACAUCUUAUGAUUUGAUCAAGUUUUUGUCUUGCCUUCUCACCACAGCUUUUUGAGGUUUGGUUUGAAUAGUUUCUCCAAAGCCAACUGCACUAGAAUGUAGUAAGUGAUAUUUCUUGGCGUAAUACUUUAACCGCAUGUUUGGUUUAGGGAACAACAUUUCCUAUU